GCUGUUGAUUGGCUGCGGCAGGAGAGGGCGGUCCUGCUGGCAGCAGUUACCCAGGUUUCCGGUGCUCGGCCAGAAAAGGGGACACCGCCGGACGUCCGUGGUGAAAUCACAAUGAAGAACCAAGACAAAAAGAAUGGGCCUGCCAAACACUCCAACUCGAAGAGCAGCCCGGGGCAACGGGAAGCGGGAGCGGAUGGAGCCCAAGCCCGACCCGGACAGACUGCUCCUGGGGCGGAAGCUGAAGGUUCCCCAAGCCAGGCUCCUGGGAAGACCGAGGGGGCUCGAGCUAAAGCGGCUCAGUCCGGGGCCCUCAGUGACGUCUCUGAGGAGCUGAGCCGCCAGCUGGAAGACAUUCUGAGCACUUACUGUGUGGACAACAAUCAGGGAGGCCCAGGUGAGGAGGGAGCACAGGGUGAGCCCGCUGAGCCGGAAGACACAGAGAAGGCCCGAACCUAUGCAGCCAGGAACGGGGAGCCCGAACCAGGCAUUCCAGUCAUCAAUGGCGAGAAGGAGAUCUCUAAGGGGGAGCCUGGUACAGAAGAGAUCCGAGCAAGUGAUGAGGUUGGAGACCGGGACCAUCGGAGGCCACAAGAAAAGAAGAAAGCCAAGGGUCUAGGGAAGGAGAUCACUUUGCUGAUGCAGACACUGAACACGCUAAGCACCCCUGAGGAGAAGCUGGCCGCGCUGUGCAAGAAGUACGCUGAGCUGUUGGAAGAGCACCGGAACUCACAGAAGCAGAUGAAGCUCCUUCAGAAGAAGCAGACCCAGCUCGUGCAGGAAAAGGACCAUCUGCGUGGUGAGCAUAGCAAGGCUGUGCUGGCCCGAAGCAAGCUGGAGAGCCUGUGCCGGGAGCUGCAGAGACACAACCGGUCCCUAAAGGAAGAAGGUGUGCAGCGAGCCCGUGAGGAAGAGGAAAAGCGCAAAGAGGUGACUUCACACUUCCAGGUGACACUGAAUGAUAUUCAGCUGCAAAUGGAACAGCAUAACGAGCGCAACUCUAAGUUGCGCCAAGAGAAUAUGGAACUAGCUGAGAGGCUGAAGAAGUUGAUUGAGCAAUAUGAGCUUCGUGAGGAGCACAUCGACAAAGUCUUCAAACAUAAGGACCUGCAGCAGCAACUAGUGGACGCCAAGCUCCAGCAGGCCCAGGAGAUGCUGAAGGAGGCAGAGGAGCGGCACCAGCGGGAGAAGGAGUUUCUCCUGAAAGAAGCUGUGGAGUCCCAGAGGAUGUGUGAACUGAUGAAGCAGCAGGAGACCCACUUAAAGCAGCAGCUCGCCCUGUACACAGAGAAGUUCGAGGAGUUCCAGAACACACUUUCCAAAAGCAGUGAAGUGUUCACCACAUUCAAACAGGAGAUGGAAAAGAUGACAAAGAAGAUCAAGAAGCUAGAGAAAGAAACCACCAUGUAUCGAUCCCGGUGGGAAAGCAGCAACAAGGCUCUGCUGGAGAUGGCUGAAGAGAAAACCCUCCGGGACAAAGAGCUGGAAGGCCUGCAGGUGAAAAUCCAGCGGCUGGAGAAGCUGUGCAGAGCACUGCAGACUGAGCGCAAUGAUCUCAGCAAGAGGGUGCAGGACCUGACUGCUGGGGGCCGGGCCCUCGCUGACAUUGGCUCUGAGCACAGGCCAGAGGCCACCACUGCCUCCAAGGAACAAGGUGGUGAGAGUCCUGGGGCUCAACCGUCCAGCUCUCCAAGGGCCACAGACGCUCCUGGCUGCCCUGGAGCACAGAUCACAGAAACAGCGGGCCAAACAGGGCCGGGAGAGCCCACCUCUGCCACUGCCUAGAGAUCAUGGUGCUGGGGCAUGCUGGGAGGGGAGCAGCAGCCCAGUCAGGCCUGGGCCAUGCAAGGCUUCCACACUAAGCAGCCCAGUGCUGAGGCCAGGGUGUUGUGACCUGGAAGGCGUCGGACACUUAGCAAUUUUGGAUUUUGUGGGUUAGUCUUCCAUGGAUGGGACAGGUGUGCAGAACCUCAUGCAGGUAUAUAGGUAACACCUGUAGGUAAACUGUGGGCUUUCACCACAGAUGGGUAUGCAGAUGACGUUGGUGACUGUAAACUGAAGAGUCUUGGGAGAUGUCAUCUGUAGCUGCCAUCACAGUACGCUGGCAGGUCAGAUGACUCCAGUGUUUUCCUCCCGAGCUCUGAGGCUCAGACCCCUCUUGGCCUUCUCAGGGCUUGUGACAAGUGAAAAAACCCAGGCCUGGACUCUCUGUAAGCAGAAGGUGGGCAGUUUGGGCUCUUGUCACUCUCCUGGAGGGUCCAUUGCUUCUCUUAACCUGGGAAGGGUAUCCCUGGCAAAAUCUUUUGUGGAUGGCGUGCCUGUGUGGGAGGGAAUCCCCUCAGGCCCACUUCCCCUCUGAUAGUGCCAGGUCCAGGCCAGUGCUGCUUCUCUGUUCUCAGUAGCCUUCUCAUUCACAGGUGCCUCUAGCCUGCACAAAUCAUUACAAAUGUCACCCAAAGGAUUCUUUCGGGAGGGUUUUUGUUUGCUUGUUUUGCAUAAGAGUUUGUAUUAAAGAACUUCAAAGGAAGGAGGAGGGACACUCCAGCAGUGGCCUCCAGGUGCCUGGCCCACUCGGAACUGCCCUGUCAGGGUCCUUUACCGUGUAGAUGCCAAGGCACCCUGCUUGGGAAGAUGAGGUAUUUCAGAGAAGGGAAGAGGCUUUGCCACAGGCUUGCCUAGGAGGCUACACUGGUUACCCUCACUUCUCCAUGCAGCCUCUGCUGACUGCAGGCCCAGGGCCCCUGGCAUGCAGUCAUUCCUUUUAGCUCUUGUCCUUAACCCCCAGCUCACAGGAGCAGUUUGAGGGUUGCUCUCUUGUUGUUUCCUAGCACCCUCUUGGCCAAAAAGAGUUGUUGGGAUUUCACUUCUUCCUGCUUAAGCUGGCUGACAUCCUAGGAGCUAAUAGCUCCAGGGAGUUGGCUUCACCUUCCCUCCCCAUUCCCUCACAGUGUUACUGUGUUCUCUGCAGGCUCUGCUGAAGUUCUUGCUGCACACAUGCCAGGGUGUUAGUCCGUCUACACAGCAGCCUCUGGAGUAACAGUGUCUUGGAAGCUGAGGCUCCACUUCCAUAAGCUAGGUGGACCAUACACUGAGGUUGGAGGACAUUUUGCUUCUCAUUGUAUUUCAACUAUUGCAUUAUCCUGCAAGGUUUUUUGUCUUUCAUAACUAGCCUCUAAGCCCCCACAUACAUUAAAAAUUGAGCAGGGUGUGUGGUAUAUUCCUAUAAUCCCAGAACUCAGCAAAGCUAGAAAGCAGAACCCCUUGUCAGAAAACCAAAAAGUAAAAGGGUGGUAGAAAACAUCACUUGCUAACAAUCAUGUGUUCCAAUCCUGACAUUACAAAUGAAUGACCCCUUCCCCAUGCCAUGGGCUCUACCACUUUGCAUACUUGCUACCCUGGUAUAUUUAUUCACUCAGGGUGCCCAGCAGCUGUGUGAGGUAUUGAGGCUUUACCACCUCCAGCUAGGAUCUGUUGUCCUGUGGAAUUUCUCCCAAGGUUUUAUAUCUUGGAAAUCAUAGUAUUCUUCCCUCUUCCAUAAGGCUUCAACCUGUAUUCCAGGCUGAGAUCUGACCUGUUAACCCGUGGGGCUCUGUAGGCCACAGAGAUCUAAGGGUGAGGCGUCUUUCUGCCUCCGUGAGAACAGAAGGGCCUUAUGUUGACUUGCCCCACUUCAGCUACCUCUUACAGCUCGUGCAGGGGUUACAGCUGUCGGGUCUCGGUGUGGGAGGCUGCGGUGUGUCAGUAGAGCCUUGGCUGUUGUUCCAUCUAGGCACCCAGGGCAGUACGUAGAUAGUAAUCUCUUUCCUUUCUCCUCUCCACUGACCAAAUCUAAAUAGUCAGUACAGCUGCUCUGAUUUCCAAAGUCAGCCCAGGAGCCUGGGCCAGCUGCAGGGAGGUGGCCUAUCUGUGAGAAGGGCCAGUGCCUUCCUCACUUGGGCAAGUCCCUUGCACAUGACCUCAUUUUAGGACCAAGAGCUGUGUUGGUUUCUUAAGAUUGUUAGCUUUUUCUCUAGAGGACCACAGUGGUUAUGGCUUAGAGCCCAGGGCCCUUGGCUAUACAAACAACACUUAGGUCCAGGGGAGAGCUUCUUGUGCACCAUGUCAGCCCCACUUCUUGUCCUUGUUUUCCAGGAGACUUUUGGACCAUGGGUGGAGCUUAGGCACUUUCUGUAAGAAUGUUGUUUCUGUAAAGAUGGUUAUUUAACACUUCUUAAUCCCCAUCAUGUUACUCCUACUGAGGGCUGAGCCAGGCCAGUGGAGCUGCCCAGGUGUGCGCCGCGGGGCUGCAGCCUGCUGAGAGCUGGCGGAUCCCCAGGCACCUGACCGACCAGCCUGGGCUAGGAGGGCUGCCUCUGGCCCCAUGAUUGCUUUCCUUUGCCACCCACACUUGUUUGAGGUUGUGGUGACGACUUUUUUUCCCCUUCUCUCCCCUUCCCAGUCUACUUUUGGUAUUCACAACAGCCAGGGUCUUGAUAUUGAUGUAUUUUACACCACAUUAAAUAGUCUGUUGCCUUACUUGUA